CAAUGAAAUGAUAGCAAAUUGACUUAUUUUUAGCAACAAGUUAGCAAGGUAUAUAUACUAUCGUGUAUGGAAGUAGUACGGUAUAUUUGAUUUUUAUAUAGGAUUAUAAUGUGAUAUGAUUAUACAUGACGUUCGAGUUAUAUGUGACAUAAACGCACAACCCGAUUCAGGAAGUGUUUAUUUAAUACAGAAAUCAGUUAUUAAUAUAUUUACAGUCAGUUAUCAUAAAGAUCUUGAAAGAUGACGACUGAUAUAAGAAAGAAGUUAGUGAUAGUAGGUGAUGGUGCCUGUGGUAAAACAUGUUUACUAAUUGUAUUUAGUAAAGACCAGUUCCCGGAAGUGUAUGUUCCCACAGUCUUUGAAAAUUAUGUUGCAGACAUUGAAGUUGACAAUAAAUCGGUUGAAUUAGCAUUAUGGGAUACAGCUGGUCAAGAAGAUUACGAUCGAUUACGUCCUCUGUCUUAUCCAGAUACUGAUGUCAUACUAAUGUGUUUCUCUAUUGAUAACCCGGACAGUCUUGAAAACAUCUCAGAAAAGUGGAACCCGGAAGUGCACCAUUUCUGUCCUAAUGUACCUAUUAUUUUAGUGGGAAAUAAAAAAGAUUUACGAAACGAUCCGGCAACUCGUGACGAAUUGGCAAGUCUGAAACAAAAACCAGUGAGCCAAGAAGAAGGCAGGGCAAUGGCUGAACAAAUCCAUGCCUACAGUUAUCUGGAAUGUUCUGCAAGAACCAAAGAAGGUGUUCGUGAAGUCUUUGAAACCGCCACCCGUGCAGCUUUACAGAAAAAGAAUUCGAAACGACGAAAGGUGAAAUGCAGUAUUUUUUAGAGAUUAAAACCAAUGAAAAUUGUAAAUAACUGACAAUUUCGUUACAUUCGUUUUUCAGACCUAGAAUUUGCCUCGAAAAACACUUAGCUCAAACGACUUUUUGCGUGCAUGUUGAUUUCGAUGAAUGUAUUAUGAUUAUCGAUGUGUUCGAUUACCAUACCUCCAAAGGAAUAAUUUCUUCAAGGUGGUAUAUAGUUCAGGUCGUGUAUGAGAUAUAGGGUUGCAUAUAUUGAGAUUACUGCACUUUUGUUAUCUUUGUCAAAAUGUCAUUAUAAAUGUAUUUUCCCUAAUAUUGAUUAUGAAUAACGAGUGUAUUCAUUUAUGAACCCUAAUUAGAAGAAAAGGUCCCUACUGAAGACACAGAGCUUAGACGAUCGCUUGGAAAAAGAAACAUCAUAACUCAUAGUUUCAGCUGACACACGCACCCCUUUAAGCAAGUUUCGAUAGUAUUAUCUGACUUGUAGCUUUAGAUAGUAUUUAAGGAGAAGGAUUCAGGCCUAUGUUUUUAUGUUUUGCCAGAUUGGACCAUCUAAUGUGACUUUUCUAUGUCAUUAACAGUAUUACACGAUUAAACUGUCCCAAUGUUUUAAAAAAAACCUUUGUCACUCAUUUCUAAAUGAAUGUUAACAGAUAGCUUCCUGUCAUUGAUUCUAUUUACUACCAACAAGGGCUGUAUGAGGUGCGACUGGCAGAAGCUGCAAAGCAAAUGAAUUUUCAACGACUUUCAGUAACUGGUGGUAUCUGAAGAAUCGAAUCAAACGCUGGAAUAAGUCAACCAAGCAAAUGAUAGUACCUAUAGUCGUCGGUCAGUCUUUAUCAGUGGAAGUGUAUCUUAUAUGUUAUAUGACUUGUUUUGUUAAAAAUAGAAACCGAUUUUAAAGAGCUUUUAAUGUCAGAAACAAUGAUUAAUUUAUAAGUUUUUUGAUGUGACUGUUACAAAAAAGAAAUUAUUAAAAGCUGUGUUUGUGUAAAUAAGCUUAUUGAUUGUUCAUUUUUUGUUGUUUUAUUUUGUUAUGCUAUAUAUUAUCCUGUAUAUUUUGAUAUUCAAAUGAUAAAAAUUACCAAAAACUAC